AUGGCUUGGAUCCCGCCACCAGAUGGAUGUGAUGAGGCGCAGCGAUUCUUCGGCAUGUUUGGAGCCGAGACCAACUCCAACGGCGACUGCUAUAUGACAGAUUCGUGGUCGUCUAGGCGAUCCCAGCUAGCAGAACGCAUGAAGUUGCGUCAGCUGCACCUGGGUGCAGGAGCACUGCUGCAGGAACCGGCAGACAGAGAGGAGCGGUUCCAGUGCUUGGGCAAUGCAGCCAACCCGAGCAAUGCCGCCGCUGGAAUGGCAUAUGAGCAACUUCGUCAGAAGCGACCGUGCGAGGAGAUGGACUUGCCUUUCUUUUGUGACUGGGAGCAGAACCCGGGCACUGGAAAAUGCACUCCGUCGCACUUUGUGCCUUGUCUGUUGACGCAUGGCAACCUGGUGGAGCACACAUCCGCCCGAGCUUUGACUGAUCGUGAGCUCCUCAAUGUGCAUGGUUGGGGGACACUCAGACACGACCGCUACAGCUCCGACAUAUCCUCUUCGCCGUCGUCCGUUUCGAGAAAUGUGAAGGCGUUUGUGGGCAAUUCGAUGCACAUUCCGAGUGCACUGGCUGUCCUACUGUAUGGCUUCACGCACAUGUUGCGGCGGAGUGAUGUGAACUCCAAGGCAUGGCUGAUUACCCGCCGAUCUGCCUCGUGGAGCGCUGAGAUCGGGUCCGCCUCUCCAAGCCGUCCGAGUCAAGGCCGUCAUGCUGCUGUGCAUGAAACUGUCAGUGCGAGUGCAAAGAGACAGAGCAAAGGCAAAGGCCGUGGAAAAAAACGGCAGGCUGAAGAGGACGUGGCAUCAGCGGACGUUGCGUUUCGAAGAGCUGCAAAUACGAUUUUCGAUUGA